GUAAAUUUUUGUGUUACAGUCAAAGAAGUCCGUCCCACUGCCUUUCGCGAAACCGAUUCAUCUCUCAAGUUAACUUUCUGUCUAUUUGUGAUGUUUGGUUUUCUGUUAUCUGGUCACUGGUAAAGUAGUACAGAUGUCGGGAACUGUGGAUGAGUGGAAGGUAGCUCGCCGACGAAAAGGCGCCGCGCGGAAAUCCAAACUAGUUCAGGUGUCAUCCGGUUCAACCUGCUGUCAAGAGGAGAAGAUUAACAUUGAUAAAACUGUCAAGAGGAUCCGAGAGAUAGUGUAAGGAGCUCACUGACAGUUAAAUAAAUCUAAUUCUGUUGAUUUAAACAUCAUUUGUUUAGUAACUGUGGUAAUCAUCUCCAUUUAGGUCUGAGAUAAGGUGCGAGGAAGUUUUGAAGGACUGGAGAGGUGAGGAGCACCGUGGACAACAAACUUUUUAUUUAGUCGUGAAAUCAUCUUGAAGCUCUGUGACCUUUUCAAGUUUCGUGUUUUCAGAGCAGCUCUCAGUGGUAAGAUCAGAAGUCCUCUUAAGGCCAGAGAACAAGGACUCAGAGGAACCUACCGUGCUGCUGGAGACGAGCAGAGAUGUCAGAUCAGGUCAGAGGUUGGAGUGUGUGUGUUACGGCCUUGGCACAUUUUCUUCCUCUGUGUCAGCACGCUACCAGCUGGCCAUGUUACUGCUGCUGCUAGAAUCUGAACAGGUAAAAGACAUGUUUGUCUAAUUAGAUCUUAGUCUACAUGAGACUCUGUUUCUUGUAAAACUGCAUUUUUAAUUAAUUUAAAUUUUUGCUCACUCUAUUAGAUUCCCCUAAAGGAUUGCUCUGUGUAUGACCCUGCAUUCUCCCAUGGGGAGAAGGAUGUUUUGAGGGAGCUGGGCUUGACUGUGCUCACAGAGAAUGAGGUAAGGUAAUGACACAGGUUUUAUUUGGAUAUAUGCAUGCAACAUUUUCAGCAGGUACGCAGUUAAAAGAAAGUACUUUGUCUUUGGAACUUUAAUCUUCUUUACUCUGAGAUGUCUGCAUAAAAAUAAACUUAUCUUUAGAAAAAAAAUGUUAUCUUAAGACUAGAAAAACUUGUCCCAUAGUCAGAUUGGAGACAUCUCCUGACUGAUUAAAGGGAUAUUCCGGCAUAAAAUUAAUUUAGGGUCAAACACACAGUAUUAAGACACCCCCUUGAGAGAUGAAUGUUGCCGACCGCUUGCUUUUCUAGUUAUACCAACUUUAGUAAUGACCGCAGGACAGCAGUCUGAGGAGCCAUAAACAAACCUCAAUCAAAACGCCACUCUAUAGCCACAAAUAAUGCUCAGAACAGCACCUAACUUCAUCAACAGUACAUAUAGGGUCCCAGCCAUAGUACUAGCCACCAAACAUUUUUUCACUUUACCUAAUUUCUUUAGCAAAGAGACUAAACACAACUCACCUGCUCUCUUCCAGCAGCCGCUUGUUUGUAGCAAGACUUCAGGCCAGUCCAUUACAGACUACAGCGGGGUGACACAGUACUAUGGCUGGGACCCUAUAUGUACUGUUGAUGAAGUUAGGUGAUGUUCUGAGCAUAAUUCGUGGCUAUAGAGUGGCGUUUUGGUUGAGGUUUGUUUGUGGCUCCUCAAACCACUGUGUAUUGCUAUCGUGCGGUCGUUACUAAAGUUGGUAUAACUAGAGAAGUAAGUGAUCGGCAAUAUUCAUCUCUCGAGGGGAUGUCUUACUGGGUGUUACAGCGUGUUUGACCCUAAUUUUACUUUACGCCAGAAUAUCCAUUUAAAUUCAUUUGCAACCAUGACUUGGCAUUUCAGAGAGGCUUAGUGAAGAAGAUUUUUUUUACCGUCACUCUGUGAAAAAACAUUAACUUUGUAUCUCUCUCAUCUGAGAUGAGCAGGAGGGGAAGCAUUUGACGACCAAGCCCACACUCUUUUACCUGAUGCACUGUGGGAAAGCUCUUUAUAACAACCUUCUGUGGAAGAACUGGAGCAAGGAACAUCUUCCUCUUAUAACAAUAAUUGGAAACAGCUUCAGUGGCAUGAUGGACAGGUGGGUAGGAGACGUCCACUUUAGAGAAAAGGUAACAGAAAUUGGAAGUUAGAUGACAUCCUCUGUCUGUCUUCCCACCAGGACGAUCGAGAGAGAGUUCAAGCGUGACUACGGAUACAUUACUCAGGCUGUGUCUGUGUGUGAAGAGAGACAGCUACCUUGUCCAUCCCGUCUGACCGACGUCUUCAGUGACACAGCUGUCAUCACAUUUCCAAAUAGUGGGCUAGUCAGACUCCCACAAUCUACCUGGAUGGUACCACCAGAGCCACAGUAUCAACACUGCCCAGAUUUGGAGAUAAUCCAGAAAGAUGCACAGAGCUGAGACUGGAGAAGCACAAAAAAAUGACAAAGUUUUUCAUUGUUGUCAUCAUGAAUACAAACAGUUUUAAAAUAUCCUGCUUCAAAUUGAAGACUGGAACUCAUCAUCCUCAAUGACUAAUGUGGCAGAGUGUCACAAAGCCUGUUAAGUAGGGGAGAAAUCGCUGUUGGACAUUUAAACACCUUACUUUUUACUAACAUCAAAAGGCUGGAUUUCACAACUUGAUGUUAUAUAGAGGUUUGUUAUAUGGCUCCACUGUGUGGCGCUGUUACGCAUAAACCAAGAUAUACUAUAUACUCUUAAUUUACCCAGACAAACCUAUUAAGGAUGCAAAGCAUGGCAGUUUAUCCUCUUAAGUUGUUUUCAGAGGUGAGGAUACAUAUUGUUUUAUGGAGUUCAUCUAUUUAUGACUUUGUUAAAAUCAACCUGCAGAGGCUUGAAAUUCUUAAGUGUCACAAGUAAAGCAUAGCAAGCAACAAGCCCUCACAAUUAUGAUUUUAUGUCUGAUGAAGCUGCAAAAAAAGCACAAACUUCAUAUUGUGAGAACCCCAAAAAUACAUCUUUUUCAUUAUAUCCACAUGUACGGUUUAAUGUAACAUCAAUAUACAUUUCUGAAAAGAUAUUAUCAUUUCAGUCUACUACCCCAUGAAAAUUUGACGAAUAAAAAUGUACAGUGUAUGUAUUUUUACAUUUAUCACAACCUAAGUUUUUACAUUUUCUGUAUUAUGAAAGUGUAUCAUGAGAAAACUUCCUUUUAAGUUUUGUAAUAUGAUUAAUAAAAUUAUUGUUUCCUUUCAUGAUAAUGGAAGCACUCACA